GUCGAAAUAGAAUUUAAAGUUCUCGGUUUUUACAUGGCCGUGGGAGACCUGGGAUGUGCCUAUAAAAACCCGCCAUUUUCCCACCUCGCGCCCACUUUUCUUCUUUUUCUUCUCUCCACACAGCCUCUUUUCUUCUUCGUUGCUACAUACUCACAAGCAUAAUGACCGUUAAAUUUGCUCAUGAAGCCAUCACUUCCAAGGGUGACAAGUUGACCUUCAACACGGGUCUCUUUAUCAACAACGAGUUCGUUGAAGGUGCCAGCACCAUCGAUGUUAUUAACCCCACCACUGGCGAAAAGAUCUGCGCUGUCCAAGCUGCCGAGGAAGCUCAGGUCAACGCUGCUGUGGAUGCUGCCGAGAAGGCCUACAGAGAAGUCUGGAGCAAGACUUCUGCUCGUGAGCGUGCCCGUUUGAUGAACAAGCUUGCUGACUUGGUUGACCAGAACGUGGAUGAAAUUGCCAAGAUCGAGACUCUUGACAACGGCAAGGGUAUUGCAUUCUCAAAGGGCUAUGAUAUUCCCGAAGUUGCAAAGACUCUUCGCUACUUUGCUGGCUUUGCCGACAAGCUGCACGGAAAGGUGAUCGAGACUGAGGGCAAGUUGUCCUACACUCGUCACGAACCCAUCGGUAUUUGCGGUGCCAUCAUCCCAUGGAACUUCCCUCUAAUGAUGGCUGGCUGGAAGUUGGGUCCUGCCCUCUGCACUGGCAACGUCGUUGUCCUCAAGACCUCUGAAUUGACCCCCUUGUCCGCCUUGAAGUUGGCUGAGCUCAUCAAGGAGGCUGGUUUCCCUCCUGGUGUCGUCAACAUCAUUACUGGCUACGGUCACAUUGCUGGUGACAAGCUGGCUCGUCACCCCAAAGUCGGCAAGGUCGCCUUCACUGGCUCCACCAAUGUUGGCCGCAUGAUUAUGAAGGCUUCUGCCGAAAGCAACUUGAAGAAGAUCACUUUGGAACUCGGUGGCAAGUCGCCCAACAUCAUCUUUGAUGAUGCUGACAUUGACCAAGCUGUCGCAUGGGCCCACAAGGGAGUUUUCUUCAACCACGGCCAAUGCUGCUGUGCCGGUACCAGAAUCUACGUCCAAGAAAGCAUCUACGACAAGUUUUUGGCACGUUUCAAGGAGUUCACCAGCCAGACCAAGGUUGGAGAUCCUUUCGACGAAGCCGUAUUCCAAGGUCCCCAGGUCUCGCAGACUCAGUUCGACCGUAUCAUGGGCUACAUCAAGGCUGGCAAGGAUGAAGGUGCCACUUGCUACAUGGGUGGUAACCGCCUCGGUGACAAGGGUUACUUCAUCGAGCCCACCGUCUUCACUGACGUCAAGGGCGAUAUGAAGAUCAUGCAAGAAGAAAUCUUUGGCCCUGUUGUUUCUGUCGCCAAGUUCAAGGAUGAAGAAGAUGUCAUUGCCAAGGCCCACGACACCGUUUACGGUCUUGCUGCCGCUGUCUUCACCCAGAACAUCACCCGUGCUGUCAGCGUUGCCAACAAGUUGGAGGCUGGCACCGUCUGGGUCAACUGCUACAACGAGCUUGACUACAACACUCCCUUCGGUGGUUACAAGCAGAGUGGUAUCGGUCGUGAAAACGGUGAAUACGCUCUUGAGAACUACUACCAGGUUAAGGCCGUCAAGAUCAACGUUGGCUUGUAAAUUUCCCACUUACUCUUUACUCUCAGUAUCUUAAAAACCAAUGCGAAAACAAACACAAACCUGUAAUCAAAAACCUCUACUCCACCUUUUCCUCAUCAAUCAACGCCCUCUUCCCAUCUUCUUCUGCCUUUAUCACACACACAAAGACACUUUCUCUGGAACAUAUUUUCUUCUCUUUUAUGCAGCUUUUGUAAGCCAUGUAUGUAAAGCCUUCUAUCCUACUAGUUUUUGUUUUUAGUAUAGCACAACCCCAUAUGUUGAAGUAUACUAUGAAAGUCGCCGUGACGCCUUAUACCGCGCCGGUAUGCUUGCGGCGCACUUUGUAAAAUUGUAAAAAAAACUUUUUAACUCAAGCUCGU